AAAUCACGCUAUCUUGGAUUAUGAAGCGAGGUUACAUGUAGCCUCCCCUUGCGCGGUGCACCCGUCUGUUUAGACUCAGACAGUUUUUAUUGCAAUAUACGUUUCCUGUUUAAACACUAAACGCUUCUUAGGCUUCGCGAUGUUUGACGAGCUCGACAUCUUAAGUAUAAACUAGCUCCGAUUGCAACCAGCCUGCUCAUUUUCCUAAUCGGCUGAGCUAUAGGGGGUCCUGCAGGGAGCUUCUUUUACUGUAAGCUUCUAUUAUAGACAAGGAUCGCCUCCUCCAACGUGAACAGAGGUUCCUGCAGCUUGAGAGCCCUUCACUGUAGCAUCCGUCACCAUGGUCGAACCAGCCGACAGGCCGUCUGCGGCCGCACAGAGGCUGGGCACCCCUGAGAGUUUUGGGGUGUCCACCUUGGAGCCAGGCCUGCGUCCUCCUGCCCAGCCUCCAGGGCGACAAGUCUCCAUAAGGGUUCAGAUGCUCGAUGACACACAGGAAGUCUUCCAGAUAUCGCAACGUUCCCCUGGCAAAGUGCUGUUUGACCUGAUUUGUGUCCACCUCAACCUGGUAGAGGGAGACUACUUUGGACUGGAGUACCAGGACCAGCGCAAGAUGACGGUGUGGCUGGACCUGCUGAAGCCGACACUGAAACAGAUCAGACGGCCUAAAAACACCAUCCUUCGCUUUGUGGUGAAGUUCUUCCCCCCUGACCACACGCAGCUCUUGGAGGAGCUGACUCGAUAUCUGUUUGCCCUGCAGAUUAAACGCGACCUGGCCUGCGGUCGUCUUAUCUGCAACGACACCAGCGCCGCUCUCAUGGUCUCGCACAUCAUCCAGUCCGAGAUAGGAGACUUCGACGAGACCCAGAGCUGGCAGCAUCUCCUCCACAAUAAGUACCUGCCCGACCAGGACGCCAUCAGAGACAAGAUCACUGACUGCCACCGCAAGCAUGUAGGGCAGACUCCUGCUGAGUCUGACUACCAGCUGCUGGAAAUCGCUCGGCGGCUGGAGAUGUACGGUGUUCGUCUGCACCCAGCCAAGGACCGAGAGGGUACUAAGCUCAGUCUGGCUGUGGCGCACACUGGGGUUCUGGUUUUCCAGGGGUACACAAAAAUUAACGCCUUCAACUGGUCCAAGGUUCGCAAGCUCAGCUUCAAACGCAAACGGUUUCUAAUUAAGCUGAGAGCAGACCCCACUCAGAAUGCCCACCACGACACGCUGGAGUUUUCCAUGGCCAGCAGGGAUUGCUGUAAGAUCUUCUGGAAAAUCUGUGUAGAGUAUCACGCCUUCUUCAGGCUCUUCGAGGAGCCCAAGCCCAAACCCAAGCCCAUCCUCUUCACCAGAGGAUCCUCAUUCCGGUUCAGUGGACGCACCCAGAAGCAGAUCAUUGAUUAUGUGAAAGACUCUGAGCUCAAGAAAGUUCCAUUUGAAAGGAAGCACAGUAAGAUUCUGUCCAGUAGCAGCAUGUCCCCUCAGUUGUCUUCCUUCAGAUCGCAAGUGCCAAAAGAGAACGCCAUGUGUGUCCAGUUAGCGGACCAGCCUGACUCAGGCAGACUGGAUGAGUCUAAUGGUUCAAAGGAGCUACCAGCAGCCACAUCCUCCACCAACGGCUUUCACGGUAUACCUGCUGUGCCUGGCUCAGACCCGACUCAGUCCCGACAGAACCACCACGGCAUCGAAUCUGCGCUGGACCCGCAUUUCCUCAACCCAGGUCCAUCCUGCAGGGCAAACAAAGGCAGCAGCUCCUCUAUUCCUUACAUAGACUGCAGCGACAUAGACAGUGAAUGUGAUGUGACAAAGAACAACAGGGCCCCCAGGGGCCACAGCAAUGCAAAUGACAGCAAUGCAGAUGAGCCUUGUGUGUAUAAUAAUAAGCAAGGGGGUAGCAGUCGCAAGGGGGGGCAAGCUGGGAGUCUGUUUGGGGAUGUGAAUGGGUUCUAUCACACCAAUCACCAGGGGCUGAUGCAGCAGCAUCAACAGCAGGGUAUUACAGUGCAGCAACAGCGGCAGCAGCAGCAAGGUAUGCUGGGUAACAGAAGCGCUGUAGAUCACUCUCCAGUGUCGAACAAGUUCAUUGUCAGUCACGAGCUAACAGAUGAAGAGAUUUUGCCCAAUGGCGGUUCAUUUCAUGGCCGCCUCCCGCUCCACAGCACGUUGCUGGAUGAAAUCCUUCAGGGUCGAGACAAGCGAGGUGCAGCAGCAGGGCGACCGUUAGGAACCGGGACUCGUAGUCAGUGCUCCAGCCCGGUGAUCAGCAGCUUCCACCACCGCACAAACUCUCUCAGUCACGCCGAGAUGACAAAUGGGCACGGGCAGCCGCGCUCAGCCACACGUUGGGAUGACGGAGGGCAUUAUUUCACUAAGCGUCCGGGAGUAUUCCCAGUGCAAGCUCCAGCUGUCCCGCCGUCACCCCACCCACCAAACCACUACGGUAGCUACUCCCCGAUCACGUCAAACCGCACCCCGCCACUUUUUGCCAAACCGUAUAACAACAACAUGAGGAACCGCUCUGAUACUGAUCCAUUCAUUCUCAGCCAGCUGACAUCCACCCCUGUACACCAGCAAGACCCUCAUCGCCCGGGGUUGCACGCCCAAGCACCGUGUUCUGCCCCGGUGGAGCGGAGAAUGAUAAUAACUAACGGUAAUCACGCGGGGAACUUCGUGGUUCCAGGUCAGGCGAGGUCCAACACAGUGCAGCGGUUGUUCAGCCGUCAGGGAAAGCCCGGUAACAACCCGGCCCGUAACAACCACGGCAACCUAAACCAGCCAGUCCAAAUGAUCGACGGAUCUACCAGCAGCGGCACUGACACCAGCGACACAGAGUCGGACACCGGCAGCAGCGCGUACAGCCAACCGUUAAUGUACGGCAACCCUGCAGCCAUCAGUUCUAUGAAUUCGGUGAACUCGAACGGCGUGAACUCGUCCCCGCUGCCCCAUAGCAAGUUCUCCUUUGGGAGUCUGCAGCUGGAGGAGGGGGAGGAUGAAAGUCCUGGUUCAGAGGACUCUCCGGUGGGAAGCCCCUGUGUGAUUGUUAACGGUAACUGCUCUGUAAAUGGGCAGGGAAUGGGCAGCAUUGGUGUCCUGGGUCCAGGUCAGAGUCCUGAGGGACGGCGGCUGUCACCUCUCACCAGCCCGCUGCUCACCGACGCCGGAUGUGUCCGCAACGAUGAUGACGAGGAGGCGAGCAGGAAGAAGUUUCCCACAGACAAGGCGUACUUCAUAGCCAAGGAACUGUUGACCACAGAGCGGACAUACCUCAAAGACCUGCAGGUCAUCACAGAGUCUUUCAAGAGCGUCGCAGGGAAAGACGAUGCCUUCCCAGACCUUGUUAAGAACCUGAUCUCCGCCAGCUACGAUCCGCUCUACAAGUUUCACCAGGGAUUCCUCAAAGAGGUGGAGCAGCGGCUGGCACAGUGGGAGGGACGUUCUAAUGCCCACAUAAAAGGAGACUAUCAGCGAAUUGGGGACAUUCUCCUUAAGAACAUUCAGGGUCUGAGGCAGAUGACAGUUCAUCUUCAAAAACAUUCAGAGUGCCUGGUCGAACUGGAACGGGCCUGUAGGUCCAGUCGGAAGGCGGAGGCUCUGUGUCGAGAAUUUGAGCAGCAGAGAGUUUGCUACCUGCCCCUCAACAUCUUCCUCCUCAGGCCUCUUCACCGCCUGCUGCACUACAAACUCAUCCUGGAGAGGCUCUGCAAGCACUUCCCGCCCACCCACGAUGACUUCAGGGACUGCAGAGCGGCCCUAGCAGACAUCUCUGAGAUGGUGCUGCAGCUCCAAGGCGCCAUGAUGAAGAUGGAGAACUUCCAGAAGCUUCUAGAGCUGAAGAAAGAUUUGACCGGUAUCGACAACCUCGCCAUCCCCGGGAGGGAAUUUAUCAGGCUCGGUUGCCUCAGCAAGCUCUCAGGAAAGGGUCUUCAGCAGAGGAUGUUCUUCCUGUUCAGUGAUUCCUUGGUUUACACCAGUCGAGGAAUGACCCCGUCCAACCAGUUUAAAGUUCACGGCCAGCUGCCCCUGUAUGGCAUGACGAUCAGAGAAAGUGAGGAGGAGUGGGGAGUUCCUCAUUCGUUCACCUUGUUUGGACAGCGGCAGUCUGUGGUGGUGGCAGCCAGCUGUGCGUCAGAGAUGGAGCGGUGGGUGGAGGACAUCCGGAUGGCCAUUGACCUAGCGGAGCAGAGCAGCAGCACAAACACUGACCUUCUAUCCACCAGCCUCUCUGACAACAAGCUGUCGGAGGAUGGUGGAGCUGAGCUGGAGUCGGAGGAGGAGCUCUGUGGCUCGCGCUCGUCUCUAGAGCGUCAGGGACACCGUGGUAACACCACCGUGCACGUGUGCUGGCAUCGCAACACCAGCGUGUCCAUGGUGGACUUCAGUGUAGCUGUGGAGAACCAGCUGUCAGGUAACCUGCUGAGGAAGUUUAAGAACAGUAACGGCUGGCAGAAACUCUGGGUGGUCUUCACCAACUUCAGCCUCUUUUUCUACAAGUCACACCAGGACGACUACCCUCUGGCCAGCCUUCCUCUGCUGGGCUACUCUGUCACCGUCCCGUCUGAGUCGGAGAACAUCCACAAGGACUACGUCUUCAAACUCCACUUUAAAUCCCACGUGUACUACUUCAGAUCAGAGAGCGAGUACACCUUUGAGAGGUGGAUGGAGGUGAUCCGCAGCGCCACCUGCUCUGCCAGCCGCUCGCUGCCAACCAGGAAAGACCUUUACUGAUGAAUCUGCCCCCCUCCCUUGUCUCCCCCUCCUCCCCCCUCACUCUGCACAGAGAUACACUUGCCUGGGUGAAGAUCUGGACUUCAUGCUGCACAAACAGCAGAAGAGACUCUUAUUAUAGAAUCACUUUGCACACAGCAGGCGCUCGAAUCCAUACUAAAAAGUACCUUUGAAACGUUGAUUCAGACACAUCCUCCCACUUACCCUGCUGUACUUAACCUCCUAUUGCACACUUUCCGCACCACCACAAACUGCCUGUGAUGGCAGUCGUCCAUGACGUGACUCAUGUCAUUUCAUUUUUUUUCUACGCCAAAAUGGCAGCACAAAGUCUUGCUGGCAAUGUUUUCCUUUAACGACCUUUAUUUUUGUGUUUGUGCCAUUGAGUGUUGUUCACAUGCACACACACGGAUUUAAUAUUCACCCCAAAAAUGCAUCCUUUUUACAAGAAGGAUUUUUACCUUUAUGAUAAACCUGAAUGAAAUACACAGGGUUUACCAGAAGUAUUUGGGACACCGAAGCAACAGUUUGUGCACCAUAUUGUAUUUGCAAUAUCGCAAAUGGUAUGUUUCCUCGGUGAAUAAUUAGUUCAACGGCACAUUUGUGCUGAGAAUAAAAAAUGUAUAUAAAAUGCAUGAAUUAGACAUACACCAGGAUUUUACCUGUGUGCAUGUGAACACACUCAUGGUGAUGAGUAUUUCUUUGUUUGUGUGACAAUCUAUGUAUAAUUUAGAUUAAUUAAAUGUGACGCCAGUUUGGACACAAUUAGAAAACAAGCAUCCUUUCCUUUUUUUUAAGGCAACUUUUUGUACAGUACUUUGAUACACUGUGAAAUGUUCUUUGUUUUUUUUCACGUUUCCCCCUGUAAGUUUUGCUUUGUUUAAAAAAGACAACUGACUUCCAAUCUGCUUCCAACGCCAACAGAGAUUCGACUGGUUUGUUUGCCAAAUACCUUCUUCUACUAUUCUAAAUAAAAUAAAAAAAGAAGAAAAGAAUGUGUUCAUAAGAAAAAAGAAAAAA